UAGACAAUGACUUAAUGUUGAAAAUAGAGAAGAAGUUCCUGCUGGAAGUCCCGUCCGACCUCAGCGGCCUGUUGGAGGCGGUUUCUGAUCCUGAGGCCCGACUAAAGCUUCUAAGAGAUCCUGGGAAGCUGCAGACUUGUGCGUCUCUGCCCGUUGAUUCUCCGCUCUGGGUCCAGAUCGGCCAACAGGAUGAGCUGGCAGAGGCAGACCUUAAAUACAUCGGGCCGCGCUCAAGAGGGAGCAGCGCUGUGUAUUUUGGGGUACAGCUGAAGGGCUCAGCCGCCGGUAAAGGGUCGGGCAACGGCUGCUUCAAGAGCCAGCGUCUCUUCAGCUGCCCUGAAGCCUGCGCCCUCUUCCUGCCCGUCAGCCACGUGCACGUCCGAACCUGGACCCGCAACAACGUGCAGGACGCUCAGGAGCGAGCCAAGGAGCGAGACCGCCACCGCAGCAGCCACGGCAACGGGCAACACGGCAACGGGCAACACGGCAACGAGCGGCAGCAUCCUCAGCAUCAAGGUCGUCACAUCAGUUUCCAUCACCCUCGCCCCAGCAGCCCCCCCGUGGGUUUCAUCCCUCGGACAGCAGAGUCAGCACCAAUCACGGCUCAGAACCAGAACCAGGUCCGAGCCCCUGCAUCCCCUCCUCCGCUCCAUGUGGGCCAGAGGGUGCUGUUCCCCAUAGAGGACAACGUCUACGGGGGGGAGGUUCGCUUCUGUGGUCUGCUGCCCGGUCGCUCCUCCUCAGGGAUGUACGUGGGAAUUCUGCUGGACGCUCCUGUGGGACAGUUCGACGGUCUUUAUAAAGGAGAGAAGCUCUGCAACAUUCCCUCUCCGCUCUACGGAGCAUUAGUGCCCAUCAACAAGGUUUCCCCAGGUACGGCAACGGUUGCACAACAGCACACUC